AUGGUUGAACCGAAGCCACGCCAACGAAAAUUUGCCCCACGCUCCCGCACAGGGUGUCUAACGUGCCGUGCCAGGCGGAAGCGGUGCGAUAAUCGGCGGCCAACAUGCGACAACUGCACGCGUCUGAACCUGUCCUGCGAUUGGCAAGCGCAGCGGAAACUUAUUCAGGAAUCCUCGCCAAGCUCCAGCUCGAGUCCUGAGGAGGUUAUCGAGAGUGUGCCGGAUUCUCUCGGGUGUUGGGAUUUGCUUCCGGGGGAUGCUGGAGCUGAAAGACAGCACUUGCUACAGUACUAUAUCGAGAAAUUUGUACCCAGUGUAUCGGUAGCAACAACACCUACCAGCUUCUACACAGCAUUGUAUAUGCCAUGGGCCUUCCAGACCGAGGGCAUGCUGGAUGCAAUUCUUGCUUUGUCAUCAGCUCAGCUGGCGCGGCGUACUGACGACAAAGAUCGUGCAUCGCAUCUACGGACUGUGUCUUUGCGACAUCAAAGGCUAUGCAGCGGGUUUAUCAAGGAUCGCUUAUCGCCAUCAGGUCAGCCUCUCCGGGACACCUAUCAGGUUGUUGCCAUCAUCCUGUUACUAGUUGGCUUGGAAGCUCUCAAAGGCAACAAAAGUACGACAUGGAUCCAGCAGCUCAAGUGUGUGCGAAAGAUAUUGGAUACUCUGUCUCCGGAGCAGAGUAUUGUCGAUUGCGUCGAGGUGGACUCGUUGCAUCGACACUUUACCUACCACUAUGCGAUGGCAUCAGUCAUGUCUCAGGUUUCGGCUUCUGCAACGACGCCAGCGCCCUCCCUCGAGCACGAUCUACUUCCGAUGCUAAACGUCGCCAUGCCGUUGACGAUUGAUCCUCUGAUGGGCAUUGCAUAUCAGAUGUGCGAUCUUAUCAGCAAGAUUCAAUAUGUUGUCAAUCCUGACCCCGCAUUUCCGCAACUGACCGAAGCAACCUUCAAUGCCAUCGAGAGCGGUAUACAAGCAUGGACAUACGAAAGUCCAUUCGCUUCGGGCGUCGAUCUGCCCGUUGCGCUUGAUCUGAUCGCACUGGCUGAAUCAUAUCGUCUGUCCGCGCUCAUCCAGUUGUACAGAAACUCGCAAGCACAUGCAAGUCUUGUGCCAGGGUGCGCCGCCCGCGCGAUGGAAUUCAUCAUGAGAAUACCUCCUGGUAGCCCAGCCGAGUCCAGUCUUCUGUACCCCAUCUUCAUGGCUGGCGCCGAGCUAGACAGCGAAGUCGCUAUCGACCGUUUGACGAAGAGGCUGAAGGACAUCUCCGAUCGCAACCGAUACGAGAACAUCGAUAGUGUUCAGAAGGUGCUCAAAGAAGUUUGGCGGCCGAAGCUGGAAGGUGGCACGCGAAGAUGUUGGGAAGACGUGCUGCGCGAAUGGGAAUGGUCGUUCACACUAGGAUGA